GACCUAGCUAGAAUGUGUGCCCUAGAAUCAUCCAUGUCUCCUUCCACUUCGUCUCCCAGCGUCUUUGAUCAAUUGGCCAACAAGGCGACCAAAUGGGGAGUGACGGGCUUGGCUGCCGCGGUGGUGCUAUGGCGCCACGAUCCCGCGGCGAUGUGGGCGGUCACUGGCGCGAUCGUCAACAGCGCCAACGCCAAAUUCCUCAAGCAAUGCAUCAACCAGCAGCGUCCAGCCACCGCGGUGCUCAAGACUGAUGCGGGAAUGCCCUCCACCCACGCCCAAUCGCUCGGCUACCUCUCCACCUACGCGGCAAUUGGGAUCGCGGGAUGGAACGGACUAAAUCUCGUCUCCCUGGGGCUGUGCGCCAUUGUUCUUGGCUGCGCCGUCUACCUCGCGUACCUUAGGGUUUGCACGGGAUUGCACAGUGGAGCCCAGGUGGUGAUAGGGGCUGCUAUCGGGAGCUCCAGCGCGGUGGUGUGGAGCUGGAUAUGGAAGGCUGUAGUGGCGCGAUACAUGGUUGAGAUGCCGUGGAUAUCUAUGGCUGUGUGGAUCGCAUUCCUCGUGGCGGCGAGCUCGUUCGUGGCAUUUGUAGUGAAAAAUUGGAGAAUUGGAGAUUCCUAAACAACUUUUUCCUGGUAUAAUUUGAAUUCUUAACUUAAAAUUUAAUCAGAACAUUGAAAUAGUAUUUGAGAAAUUCAA